UCGGCCUUUAGCUUUAAUGAAGAAGGAAGUAUAGUGUCAGCCAUCUUGAGUUUCUUUUUUAGAGAGCAGCUUUUAGAGUUGCACCAUGAGUUCUUUAAAGCUGCAGAAGAGGCUGGCAGCCUCUGUUAUGCGAUGUGGCAAAAAAAAAGUUUGGCUGGAUCCUAAUGAAAUCAAUGAGAUUUCAAACACAAACUCUCGUCAAAACAUCAGGAAAUUGAUUAAAGAUGGUCUCAUUAUUAAGAAGCCAGUUGCCGUACACUCUAGAGCCCGAGUUCGCAAAAAUACUGAAGCUAGACGUAAGGGACGUCAUUGUGGUUUUGGUAAAAGGAAGGGUACUGCUAACGCACGUACACCUCAAAAGGAUCUUUGGAUUCAACGCAUGAGAGUCUUACGUCGUCUCUUGAAGAAAUAUCGAGAAACAAAAAAGAUUGAUAGACAUUUGUACCAUUCUUUGUACAUGAAAGCUAAGGGUAACGUAUUCAAGAACAAGCGUGUGCUCAUGGAGUUUAUCCACAAAAAGAAAGCCGAAAAAGCUCGUGCAGAGAUGCUGUCUGAUCAGGCCGAAGCUCGGCGCACGAAAGUUAGAGAAGCACGUAAACGCCGUGCGGAACGAAUUGCCUCAAAGAAGCAAGAACUACUGCAAUCCUACCAACGGGAAGACGAGGCCGCGGCCGCGCAAAAGAAAUAAUUUGUUUAUCUUAAGACAAUUGUAUAAAUAAAAUGAAAAAAA